AUGUCGUCCCCCUUCCAAAUCCCCUCCCACGCUCAACUCGAGCUAGAGCGCAACGAAGCCUUCUGCACAAUGCGCGAACAACUCCGCAGACAAGAAUGUGGCAUGGAACGACCGAGCUUUUGCACCGCCCAUCGCCACUCCUGCACAACGACAGAACAAGAGACUUUCCGUCUACACCGCGACAUCAUCCACACCCUCCUCGUCCCCCUCUUCCUAAUCAACCACCAAGCCGAGCGCGUCGCCGCCCGCUCCCUCCCCAGCAAGCGGGCCGCCGAACCAGAACGCGCCUUUCGAGGCGAAGCCCGCAGUGCCUUCGCCUGGCUCAACUGCAUCCUCACCGAGGAACACGACUGGUACCUCACUGCCCGCUGCCCAGCCUGCAUCGUCCUGCAUGUCCUCCACUCCGAGCCCACCAUUCGCUUCGUGACUGUCGCGUCCCAGCUUGCUGGUGCGCGCUCGGGUUUCCAGUGCUGGUUGACAGCGCUCGAAGCUGCCGUCUGCGAAGAUCCCUUCUGGGGCGACGCCUUCUGGCCUGAUAUUGAAGAGCGCGCUUCUCGCUUGACGGAUGGUGUGCAGGAGCUCAUUUGCCAGUGCUACGAGCUCAGUGCCACUCUUGAUAACCCGUCCCGGCCUAUGCCUUCCGCCAAGUCUUCCAUGCCCGCUUAUGGCCGCUCUGCUUCUUGCAAUAUUGCCCUGAAGCCUUCCAGCUUUGCGAGGAAGCAGGUUCGUCUUACGCGCGAGGAGCAGAAGUAUCGUUCUUCGCUUUGGGGUUGUUCGCAGGAUUUGCGGCAGCCGCUGGCCGGCUGUACUACUGCUACUCAGUCUCGGCGCCGGUCGCUGACUUCUUGA